GAGGAAGAGAAACAGCCUGGAGUCACCCAUUCGUAGAAAACGCAAAUGCCCUUUUCCCUGUUUUCGGUGUCACUCGCGAGGAGAACAUGAACGAACUGCGUCUGCUUUUUGGACUCGUCCUUGUCUCGUAAAUCGCCUUUCUCUGACAGAAUUCCUUCAGCGUGCCCGAACACCGCCGGCUUUUCUCGCGUCUCUGUUUCCUCGUGGAUUUUUCUUUUUCCACCUGCUAAACGCUGUCUUGCCGAGCGGAACUGCAAGCUGCUCCCAUCGCCAGGCUCUUCUUUUUGCGGACGUCAACGGAGAGCAGUCCCUCUGCGGCGUUUCUUUCCUUCUCUGCGGCUUUUCUUUCCUUCUCUGCGGCGGUUCUUUCCUUCUCUGCGGCGGUUCUUUCCUCUUUUGCGGUGUUUCUUUCCUUCUCUGCGGCUUCUCCGUUCCUCUUUCCUCGUCACGUCUCCUUUUGCCUCCAGGUGGUUCUCUGUCUCCCCGUUCCUCUUUCUUCUCCAACUCCCUUUUCACACUUCUGCUCUGCGUCUCUGUUCCUCGUUUCUUCCCGGCGCCCUGGGCUCUCGUCUGCGGUCUCCUCUCUCGCCCCCGCGUCGACAAUGGUUCCGUCCCCUUCGGGUGUACAUACACCUCGCUGCCAGGUUUGCGUCGCCCGGUCUCAUGUGUGCCAGCCUGGCAGACGCCGAGGACGCUCUUCUGCCUCUUAGAGGGACGGUGAUUUUUCCUCGGGGGAGUUGGUGGUGCAUCUUUCUUUUCUCUUUUUUUCGGAGAGGCUCUCUCUUCUCUUUUUCGCGCUGAGAUAGUGCAUCUCCUUCUUCUUUUCAGAGAGGUAGCGCUUUUCUCUUUCCCCUUUUUCUGAAGAGACAACUGGAUGGUUCGGGGCUUUAGCUUGUGCCCAUGAUUCAGGCUUCCAUCCUGGCUGUCUCGGCUUUCUUCAGUGUGUGCCCCUUCCGUGUUCUCUUCCCCUGUCUUCUGCGGGGGAUCUGUCUCUUUCCUUCCCCUCUUCUGGGUCUCCCCCUCUGUUUUUCCGCAGGCGGGGAUGGAGAGCUUGCCGGCGGCUGCUGUCUCGGCAGCUGCCCAGGCGGCAGAGGCGGCGGGCGCUGCGUUGACGACGGGGUCGUCUUCGUCUUCGCUUCUCGUCUUUCUCGUCCCCUUCGUCUGUCCUCCAUCUUUCUUCUUUCUCCUGCUCCUCACCUUCUUCGUCUUCUUUGUCGCGUCUGUCCUGCUUCGCUACCUCAAGAUGCUGCACUUGAAGCGGCAACAGGAUCUUCUGCGCCUAGCCGCCGCCUCGUCGACCGCAGUCGUCGCAGGAGGACAUACAUUCGGAUUCUCCUUCUCGCUGCCUGCGCUGUCCGCGUCGACUGGGGCGGGUGCGCCUGCUGGAAAGAGGCGUUGGAUCUCCUUCGAGAGUCUUGCGCUUCUCGCGCUCCUCACCAAAGAGGCCAUCUGGAAUGUGCUGAGAAAGCUGUGGCUGACGGCGUACGCAGUUCUCUUUCUCUGUCUCUCUGGAGAGGAACGCGGCCUCGAGACAGCCCUGAAGAGGAAGCGAGUUCUCGCUGAAGACGCAGACUCUGUCGAGCGCCGAACGGUCCUCUUCAUCCGCCACGGAGAGUCGGUCUGGAACGCGACGUUCAACAGGCCGGUGCUGUCGCUCUCCUUCCCGCUUCGCUUCUGUCUCUUUUGGCUGUGGGAGCUCUUUCUCGCGCCCGAGAGAGACUCGGUGCUGUUCGACUCGCCAUUGAGCACCGCGGGGAUCUGCCAAGCCGCGGAGCUCCGCGCGGAGCUCCGCGCGGCCCUCCGUAGUCCCGCCUCGAGUCUGCGCGAGUGGCCUGCAGCGCUCGCGACCUGGGCAGCUGCGGGGGUGUGUGCACCUGGAGCUGGGCGGCGAGUCGUGGAGAUGCAUGAGCUGGGGGAGGACCGCGCGCAGGCUGUCGAGCGGCGCCUGGAGAGGCGGACGGGAGACAUGCAGAGCGCGGAGGCACCGAGCCAGUGCGGCGCAGCCCCCGCGCGUGGAGUUUGUGCGCCGCAGAGGAGAGGCAUGGAGGCGGAGAGCGAGCGGGAGGACGGAGUCCGAAGUCGAAUGCGGUCGGUCGAGGAGGAGACGGCUGCGGAAGAAGGCAAGAAAGACGCGAGAGAGGAGGCUGGCGGAGAAAAUGCCUUGGUCCUCGUGAGCUCAAAUCUCAGGCGGGCCAUCUCUACACUUCUUAUUGCUCUUGGACCUUCUGUUCAAUCUCACUCGCAAACGAUUCAAAUUCUCUCUUCUCUGCAGGAGUCGACUCGCUUCCCGGAUGCCUUUUCUCUGACUUCUCUUCCAUUUUCUCGAAGAAGUUCGCCGCCGCUCUCGCAGUUGGAAGAAGCAGUCGUGGGCGCCUCUCUGGGGCAGCUGUACGCAAGUCACUUGGACCAGAACUUUAACCAAGGCAACAAGCGUCUGUACUCCACGCUGGUUGGGCGGCUCUUCGCCUUCUCGUCGUGGCUUUUCGAAGGAUCCACGGAGCGUCAAGCUGUCAUCGUCGUCGGCCACUCGCGAUGGCUGCGCUACUUUUUUCGCAUGUUCUUUCCCGCGGAACAGGCGCACCCGGCGAAGGACCAGAAGCUGUCCAACUGCGGAGUGCUGAAGUUCGACUAUCUGCAACUCCACCAAAAAAAUUCUGGCCGCGUGGACUACCUGAUAGACCCACGGUCUUGUCAACUUUUGCGGGGUUCCUUUUCCCCGUAACGACAAGUCGAAUCAUGCUUAAUUACGGAAAAACGAAAUGUCUUUUUUCUCCAAAGCUGCUUCCGGUGUAGGGUCCGGACGCGCUCGACGCCCGCGCUGGACACCUGCAUGAAGGGUCUUCGCGGCUCGACGCAGGAAAUCAAACAUUUAAACUAAACACACAAAGGAUUUUCAAUAUCUUUUAAAGACACGAGAACUCAAAAAGAUUUACCCGCUGAAUAAGCAGAGAACUGCCUCGCCAGAGCGUCUUGGCCGCCGAAGAGCAGCCGACAACGUCAAGCGUGUCUACGUGCCUUGAACCUAAACUCCCCUUGGAGGAGGCAGGCUCCUCUGACACACUAUUCUGUGGCACCAAGACCGUUUGAACGGAUUGUCACGGUUGAAAAAACUACAGUGCCGAACGGUGAUAAUCCGGUAUUCAAGAUACUGAAAUCCAUCGCUUUUAGCCGUCUUUAGCAGUCUAGCGAGGUGGUGGGAGAAGCGAAUCACAAAGAACUCGGUUGCGCCUGUACCUGGAGUCAUAUU